CUGCAGACAAUUGCUGCUGGUUUCCUGAUUCUUCUCUAAUUUAUGUGUUGAAUAAGACUGUCAAAAGUAAAAGUGUGAGUGCUCAUCAUGUCAAGAAAAGAGAAUAAACUUAAAGGGGCUGCGGCAGCCACUCACCAGACCUACAGACGACAAAGUCUCACACACUUUGAAGACCCGACCGUUGAGCGCGAAGUUAACUACAUCUUGGAGGAGCAGGAGUCGCUGGCUAUCAAGUUCGAACACGAGGAGUCCAAGAGCGGGAAAUGGAUAUUGUUUGUAGAGCACGCAUCAAUGUUUUCAAUGUGGAAGAAGUCCUGCAACCUUUACAGUCAAGGAAAACUUGAAGGUGUAACCUCGCUGAAAGCAUCGACUGCCAAAGACAACUCACGUACGAUCGUAGAUGCUUACGGAGUUAUCAUGUUCCACUGCGGCCCGUGCGACGACAAAAAUUUGAUGAUGCAUUACGGAAAGAACAUCGUCGAGCUCCUCAGUUACUUCAAUAAAAGAGGCUAUAUUCCCUAAAAAUCUGACCAGCAAUCUGUUGAAGGAACCUGCGUGACUGGUUGUAAGAGGAAUUCUGUGUACCACCUGCCAGUGGCGCGUACUAUAAACGAGUACAUGCAGCCCAGGGCCAGGGAACGCCACUUCUUGAGCACGGGUAGCAGAAAUUCUACACCAUAUUCUGAGAACGAAGGAUCAAGACGGAGCAGAAGUGAUCGAGAAUUCCCGAGGACAACUGGAAACGAACGGGGCUACUAGAAGUAAAUUGCGAAAUUAUCGCACAUCGAGAAUUUCAGACGUUUAUUCCUGAAUUUCGGCAAUUGACCAAACCGGAAAAUUUUUAUUUUGUUAUUGUAAGAACUCUCUAAACAAUGUGGUUAUAAGUUGAUGUAAAGCGUGUGCUCUCUGUUUUAGUUGUAUCCACUUUGAAAACUACAACAUAACUUUAGAAAUCCUGCUUAACAUUUACAACGUUACGUCAGUCAGAGCUACCAUGAAAGAAGAUUGGUCCGAAGCAGGUGUUGGCUGUGGGUGAACGCCUUGCAGAGGAUAGGCCA